AUGAAUAUCACAGUAAUAAAAGCAGGAAAAGUGGGAGUUGAAGCCCUUCCCUUUGCUCUGACAAUUUCGUUAACUCGUUGCUUUUUUGUUGACUCCGACGGCAACCUUUUUCGAAGAUGGGAGAAGCCAGAAGGAGGAUGGGCGGAGCCGUGCCUCGCGGUCGCUGAGCCUGGCACUUCGCCUCAGGCUAAACUCACGGCUCGCAACACCUCACUCAUGCACAGUUACGGUAUCCUAAGACUGCUAGUUCUGUUGAUCGUUGCCGUCUGCGUAUUUGCAGAUAUAGACGAAGUCGCCAGCGAACCCGAAUACUUCGUUUCUUACCUGAAGAAAGCCGUUCCGCAAGGUCCGCUACGAUUUGGGAAGCGACGCGAUGGUCCCACUGGUCCGCUUCGAUUUGGCAAAAGAUCGUCAUUGGACUUCCAGCCGAUGGCAACCCAACAACCGUAUUAUUUCCUCGUGUAG